AUGGCCAAAAAACCAAAGAAGGACCAAACUCCUACCCCGGAGCCUAAGGAUACCAAAUCGAAAAAGAAAAACUCCAAGACAGAUCCUCCACCUCAAGAUGGCCCUGCCAAACCUCAACGUGGAUUAGCCAUCGGAGAUAACUUUGGAUGGACAGGAAAGCUUCCGGCCACACUACUUUACGAACAUUGCCAGAAACAGAAAUGGAACAAAGUGGUUUUUGAUAUGCGCAAAACCUCCAAAGGAUUCAUUGGCAUCGCCGAUCUCAGCUGGGAAAACCCGAAGACCAAAGAGGUGGUUCAUGUUAAGAUGUCGCCAGAAACUGACUUACUUCCGCCUCGAGAAACCACUAAUGAAGCCAGACACUUUGCCGCUACCUAUACGAUGUACAGAUUGAAUUAUGUUAAGAACUUGAAAAUGGUGCUUCCUACUAUUUUCAGAGACUACUGGUCAGAUCUUGAGAAGAGGAGACUUGAAACGUUGAAAAAAAGUAAGGCAGAGCACGACAGAUACUACAAUCCCAAUCCAUUUCAGGUGGUUUUGGACGAAAGAGCCGAGAAAGAGGCCAAACAGAAAGAGAGACAGAUCAGAGAGAAUAACGAGGCUAAGGUCAAGAAGCCUAGCGCAAGCAUUGCCAUUGUGGGAACCAAAACACAAGAUAGAAAAAGUCAACUGGCACUGAAGGUGACGAAACCAAAGAUCGCGAAGCAGUUUCCCACAAUUGGUAGAAAGGCAUGGGAGAAUGCACCAUUUGUCGAUUUUCCCACCGAUGUGAGAGCAUCCAUAGAGACUUCCAUCAAACACCACAUCAAAUGGGUAGAGGAGACCGCUCACAAGUCAGAAAAUGCAGCAGAGUGGCUGUCCCAGUUGGUGAGCAUCGGCUUCCGACAACUACAUGUCGAAGAGGCCCUCUCAUAUACUCACACAUUCACCGACGCACUCGAAUGGCUAUUAUUCCACAUCCCCGAGGACGAUUUACCCAUGUUUUUUACCAAGAGAGACGAGGACUCUGGUGUGUCGCUCAAGAUCUCCACCAAUAUCCAGACAGAAUACCUUCUCCAAAGACUUUCCCUUUCUGGGUUCGACAAGGAUGAAAUCCAGUCGACUUUGCUUGAUAAUAAUGGUGAUGAAGUAUUAACAUCUAUUGCAUUGACGAACAAAAUUAUUGACUACACUCCAAAACCAACUUCUCCUCAAGGUGAUGAGUUCGAUAUGUGGCUCAUGGAGCUUGAAGGAAUUGAAGCUGUGGGAAGUAACAAGGUGGAGUUCACCGAUGGGUCUAGAAAAGUCGCAUCUAUUUUGUUGAACGUGCCCGGGGUAGCUCCUGGAAUGCUCCUGGUGAAAUUGUUCUUCUCUGAGACCUACCCUGUGAAUUUUCCGGGUAUCUUCCUUGUAGUCAACAACCAAUCGUUCAAACUUGCGAACUACAUCAAACUAUCCAUUCUCAGACAAUUGCUCACUUAUGUGGACGAAAACAACUUAUUAGGAGAAUGCUUUCUUUACUCAAUUGUUGAGUGGCUCGAGCAGAAUAUUGCCAGAGUCAUUGAGCACCCAGGCCCACUUUCAUUACUUGGAACGUCUGAUAAGGAAGAAAAAGCCAAAACUUCAACGAACGUACAGCUGAAAAAAGUGAAGAAUAAAGGAAGAUCGAUUGUUCUUCUGCAAGCAGAAAUCGAUUCCAUGCGUAAAGAAUACAAUGAACACAAGGGCUCCUCAGCAUUGAAAGACUCACUUGCAAGAAGAGCCAAGUUACCAGCCUGGAAGAAGAGAGAGCAAUUAGUGCAGGUGAUUAACUGUAACAAAGUGACUCUUGUCACCGGAGAAACCGGUUCGGGUAAGAGUACUCAGAUUGUUCAGUUCAUCCUUGAUGAUCUCAAUUCAAGAGACAACUUUACAGGCACGAUUAUCUGUACCCAACCCAGACGUAUCUCUACCAUCGGAUUGGCAGAGCGUAUUUCUGAGGAGCGAAUUCUGACAGUCGGUUCUGAUGUGGGAUACAUAAUCAGGGGUGAGAACAAGACUCUGAAAAAGACAAGGCUUCUGUUCGUUACCACUGGUGUUCUUCUCCGUAUGCUCCAAACAUUCCUAGCAUCGAAAGACGAUAAUGACACCUUGUUUACUAAUCUUGAGUAUAUUUUCAUUGACGAAGUGCACGAGAGAUCGGUAGAUAGUGAUUUUCUAUUGAUCAUUCUCAAGAAGAUCAUGAAUAAAUUUCCAAAAUUGAAGAUAGUCUUGAUGUCGGCCACAAUCAAUACGGAAACUUUCAUGAAUUUUUUUUCCACUCCUGUGAACCAUAUUCACAUCGAGGGUAGAACCUUCCCAAUUGAAGACCACUAUCUUGAUUCCAUUUUGGAGAACUUGGAUUACUCAAUUACCACGUAUGAGGGCCAAAUCAUCAAGCCAAAAGCAGAUUCUCAUUUCUUCAAGAGCGGAACAUUAAGUUACGAGUUGAUCUCCCAACUCUGUGUUUAUGUUGACGAUAAGUUGACCAGCGAGCGCAACACGGGCUCUAUCUUGAUCUUCUUACCUGGUAUUAUGGAGAUCAACAAAUGUAUUCGGGCUGUUGAGAAAGAAUUUCUGAAAUCGGAUAGUUCUUGCUGGUGUUUACCAUUACACUCUGCGCUUUCUUCGAAAGAUCAAACAAAAGUCUUCAGAAAUCCUCCAAGAGGGUCGAGAAAGAUUGUUGUGUCUACCAACAUCGCUGAAACAUCUAUCACCAUCCCUGACUGUGUGGUUGUGAUUGACGGAGGGCGUUCUAAAAGUGUCUUUUUCGACUCGAGAGCGAAUACCACCAGAUUGGUGGAAAACUGGUGUUCAAGGGCCGAAAUGGCCCAGAGAAGAGGUCGUUCGGGUCGUAUUCAAAACGGAACCUGUUACCAUCUAUACACCAAGGAGACAGAGACUGGGACAUUAGCACAACCAAUUCCAGAAAUUCGUCGUACUCGUCUUGAAAAUCUAUUCUUGGUUGUCAAGGCCAUGGGAAUCAAUAAAGUUGAAGAUUUUUUGAACAGUGGAUUAGAUCCUCCAGAGGCCCAAUCCUUGAGCAAAGCUAGAAGCAUGCUUGGAGAGAUUGGCGCUUUGACUAUUGACGAAGAAUCGGAGAAGUUGACACACUUGGGUAAGUACUUGUCUUUUAUUCCAACGGAUCUACAAUCUGGUAAGCUUUUGCUCCUAGGGUGUAUUUUCGGAUGUGUGGAGAUUUGCUUGACCAUUGCUGCUGUUUGCUCAAGUGGAAGUCCAUUCCUGAGAAAUUUCGAUGUCAAAGACGAAGUUAACAAAGCUAAAUUUGCCCUUGGAAGGAAUCAAGGUGAUCUUCUUGCCGCUGCGUUUGCAUUUCAUGAAUGGGAAUCUUCACCUAGAGAAUCGAGAAAGAAGUUUAUCGCCGAUAAUCAUCUUUCUUACUUGACAUUGCAGGAUAUACAGUCGACUAGGGCACAAUACUUGCUGACGUUGAAGGAAAUAGGAUUUGUGACUUUCGGGUAUAGCGCAGAUAGGAAAAACCGCUACAACGAGAAUAACAGCAAUUACACUAUUGUUCGAGCCAUCAUCACCGGAUCUUUCACUCCUCAAUUGGCUAGAGUGCAAUUGCCGGAUCCGAAAUAUGCUCAAACUUUGGUUGGAGCAGUGGAAAUCGACCCAGAUGCUAAAUUGACUAAGUUCUGGAUCCGAAAUGAAAAGUACAUUGAGCAAGCCAACUCUGGUGGACCGAUUGAGGAACUUCCUGCAACCCGAGCAUUUAUUCAUCCGUCAUCCAUGCUAUUCUCGACGAAUUCGGGGGCUGUUAAUAUUCCAGAUUUGGAGGACCUCACACUUGAAGACGGAUCAGUCGACCUUCAAAAGGCUAGGGAAAACUUCGACUUAUCACCAUCUGUUAAUUUCAACUCAAAUGCCAUGCACAAGGCUCCUUUCGUUGUCUACACUUCUUCGAACCAGACUUCCAAAUUGUUUCUCCGAGACAUUACCCCCACAAGUACAUUGGCAGCACUUUUGUUUGGAGGUGAUAUUCUGUAUGAUUUGGGGUCUAUCACCACUGGUAAGAAAUGUCCGGGUAUUGUACUUGACCAAUGGAUGCCAAUCAGAACGUGGUGUAAGAAUGGAGUAUUAUUGAAGCGUCUCAGAGUUCUUCUUGAUCAAGUGAUUGAGAAUAAGUUGUCCAGUCCUGAAGUUGAGAAAGCUCAAGGGGAUGACGACGAGAUUUUGAAGAUAGUUGCUAAUGUCCUUACUGUGGAGGUUAAACUGCGCUAG